ACCAAAGGCGAAAGCCACCACAAUGGCGGAGACGCCCGAACUGAAGCGUAUCGCGGAGAACACGAAGAUCCAGAGCAACGUCAAGUACCACGCGGAGUUCGAGAAGGCGAAGGGUAAGUUCACCCAGGUGGCGGACGACCCGGAGACACUGAGGAUCAAGCAGAACAGCAAGAUCAUCUCGAACGUCGCGUACCACGGCGAGCUCCAGAAGAAGGCGAUCAUGGAGCAGAAAAGGACGAUGACCGGCGAGAAUGGCGAACAAAUUGAGUACGUAGAGUUUACGGACGGUACGAUCGCGCCAGCAUCGGGCGUGAACGCGAACAAUCCGCAGGCCGCGAGAAGCGCGGGCUCGCCGGUGCAAAGGACACCAGGUAGGAUCGCCGAUUACGAUCCCCUUAGCGAGGCAAGACCCAGCCCCUAUUCCGCCAGACAAGCGGCCACCACUGUGAUUUAUACGAGCGACAAGGGACCAGUGACGAAUCCACCUACCAGAAAGAUCGGCUCGGUUGCGGACAUAGACCCUGUGAACGAGUAUUACGGAUCGCUGACGCCCGCCACGAAUAACAACCACGUUCCACAACAUCAACCGCCGCCACCUCCACCCACUCAAGGGAGAGUAUACAGAGCGAUGUACGACUACGAGGCCCAGGAUCUCGACGAAGUGAGCUUCUGCGACGGCGAUCUGAUCGUGAACUGCACGGCCAUCGACGAGGGCUGGAUGACCGGUCUGGUACAGCGUACAGGCCUGCACGGCAUGCUGCCCGCGAACUACGUCGAGCCGGCUCAGAUUUAACGAACAAAAAAAAAAGAAAAGAACAAAAGAAAAGAAGAAAAAAGCUUUCUUCGCGUGUUACGUGUCCUCGUCGUCUUCGUUUCCACCCUUCCCUGCGGUGGUCAAGGGCACUCGAUUAAAACAGAAAAAAAAAAAAUGGCAAAAGCAAAUGACAAAAGUGGCGCGGACCUGCAGAGACGGACAGUGAACGACGGAUCGGAGAGGGUUUAAAAUCGUCGUGAAAAAGCUCUCUGGGAAAGGAAGAAACAGCGAAGGAAGCGUCCUUUUUUUUUUUUUUCUAAACGACCGAUCUUCUUUCCUGUUGCUCGACGUUGUUCUUUUGAACCUUCGAUAACCACUACGAAGUGCGUGGAAUGAUCGUAAAUACGUCGUCUCGAGGAGGCACGACAAAGAUCUCUCGGUUUUCGCGUCGAGUAGAGAUGUAAGAGCAAGAGAGAUCGGAUAUACAAAAGAAAUAGUCCGAGACUAGCCGCGUGUCGCUGUGCGUUGUUUUCGAUCGAAUCGUCGAGCCUCCUUCUCUUCGACUGGGCACAACGACGAACUUGAAACGGGAUCGAAAACUGUUUUCCGCGCUACGGAAUUGUGUUUACGAGCGAAAUCAAUUCACAGGUCGAUCAAAUCGUUCCCUUGUAUGGUACACUCCGGUAGCCGAGUGCCUGUAUCGUUUUUUCUUUUUUUUUUUUUUUGCAUUUAAGUCAGCGGAGACUACGAAGUAAU